UCCAACCACUUCAUCUGAACAACAGACAGAUUGGCAGGAAAGGCCUGUCAGCCCUUCGCUUCUGCCACCCAGGCAUCAACAGGGAGCCCCUAUCCAUGCAAAUAACCCCGGGAGGGAUACAACAAUCCCCAGGUGUCUGGUGAGAACCUGAUUGGCCUCAGCAGGGCCCGUCGCCCGCACAACGCUAUCUUUGUGAACUUUGAUGACGAAGAAAUCCCAGCAAAACCUUUGGAUGCUGCUGUACAGACCUGGAAGAAAGUGUGCACCAAUCCUGUGGAUAAAAAGGUGGAGGAAGAGCUGAGAAAGCUCUUUGAAGUCCGUCCUGUCUGGUCUCGGAAUGCAGUAAAAGCCAAUAUCAGUGUCCACCCAGACAAGCUGAAACUUCUGUUGCCGUACUUGGCCUAUUACAUGUUAACAGGUCCUUGGAGAAGCUUGUGGGUUAGGUUUGGGUAUGACCCCAGAAAACACCCUGAAGCAAAGAUUUAUCAAGUACUGGACUUCCGAAUUCGCUGUGGAAUGAAAUAUGGUUAUGCCCCCAAUGAUAUGCCCGUGAAAGCAAAACGCAGCACGUAUAACUACAGUCUGCCCAUCACUGUCAAGAAGCAAGUAAGUCAUACGGUCAGCGUACACGAUCUGAAACAGGGGCUUGGUACGUCCGGUGCAUCCGGUGCAAAAAAACCUGCCUCCAGCAGGUAUAAACUGAAGGAAUCCAUCUACAUUUUCCGAGAAGGAGCCUUACCCCCUUAUCGGCAGAUGUUCUACCAGCUCUGUGAUUUGAAUGUGGAAAGCCUACAGAAGAUCAUCCGUCGGAAUGACGGCACAGAGUCCGAAUGCACAGAGCGGGAUGGGUGGUGCCUUCCAAAGACCAGUGAUGAUCUGCGAGAUACCAUGUCCCUGAUGAUAAAGCAGAUCAUCAGAUCCACAAGACCUGCUCUAUUCUCAAAUACAACAAGCAGUGAAGAUGGCAAAGAGCAGCUGGCGUAUGAGUCUGGAGAGGAUGAGGAUGAUGAAGAGGAGGAGGAAGAGGACUUCAAGCCUUCUGAUGGGAGUGAAAAUGAAAUGGAGACAGAAAUUCUGGAUUAUGUAUGAACUCAGUGAGCAGCCUGGCUGCUGUAGGACAGAAUCAUCUCUGCCCCUGUUCCCUGAGUGCUGAGGGUUCAGCCACCACAGCCAGGCCGUGGGAAGGCAGAACUUGCUCUAAGAUGCUGAUGACCCGUCUGCACUGCUGAUGGCCACCGUUCCUGAUGUUAGGGAGCCAUUGCCUCCAUUGUCAUAACUGCUGGCUAAUAAGCCCUCAGGCAAGCUCAGCAAACUCCCAAGAGCGAGCCCAGAAUCCAGACCAGCUGGCAGCACACCUGAGAGGAGGAGAAGCUGCCUUCCCAGAUCUCUCCAUGGUGGGAAGUGCGCCUUGGCUGGGUUGGUGGCCGUGUGGGACAGAGCAAAGGUGCCCGAGGCGGUGCUGGGGGAAGCUCUCGAUGCUGCUGGGUCCCUCGGGCAGGUGCUGCCCUUCUGCUUGUCUAAGGGGAAUGAAAAUAGUGUGCUGUGACUUCAGCAUUGAGCCUCGCUGGCCAUCUUGGAAAUAAAGCCAGCAAGAAAAAACACUUUCUGGCAGCGAGUAAUUCCCUUCUGCGGGAUGUAGCGUAUGUUGUCCUCACUGGCUGAUGCACGUCUCAGUUCUGUUCUUUCUUCCCCAGUGGUUAUCAGGGACUGAAGGGAGCAGGCAGUGGGGCAGAGCUUCAGGUCCACAGAGGUUGCCCACUCUGGCCAUUAGUCUGCCAUUGCCAGCUGGACUGUUACCACUCUGUCACAGAAGUUCAAGGUCUGCUGGCAUUUGCUGAGUCUUGUGCAUUCCCCAGUGUGUUACGAGUGCAAGGUUUCUCGUUAGUGGCAAUAACAGGCCCUAAUGCCUGGUUUAAUAUGAUUUCCGCCUCCUGUACUUGUGUGAGGCUUCAGCAUUUUUUGUUAGGCUGAGGUAUUUCCUUAGGUUUGGCCUCCAGCCCACAAAAGCAACAUCUGCAGGGCUGUGGUGCAGUGGCACAGAGGAUCCAUAGGGGUGGAUGGGUGUUGAUAUACACAGAGAAGCUGCUCCAGGGGACUGGCCCCUCAGGUGUGCACUCACCGUGGUUCACUGGGAGAUCCUGGGCUUUGUCUUGUGCUUCUACCUCGGGCUGGCAGCGGGGCAGUGUGAGAACAAAGGCAUUUCUAACAGCUGUACGACUACAGGGGGCUGUGCAGUGGUCAGUUGGUUUGGGGGCACCUCCAGCCCAGGUAAAGUGUGGGUCCUGGAAAUGUGGGGAUCCAGAGGCGUGAGGGGCUCUACAGUGGACUCUACCCUUCUUCAUGCAAUGCAACAGGGCACGAAGACAAAAAGAGAGAUGCAGUGGACACAGCACUGCUGGGCUCAGGUAUUAGCAGGCACCAAGAAUAAACCCUCAGAAAAGCUAGGAAAAACACCUGAAGCCAAACUUUCUGUUAACAGGAGGCCUGUGGCCAAAGCAGCCAGAAAUCCCUUGUGCCAGGGUUCAUUUAUUUCCCAGUCAUUUUCAAAAUUCCUCUGUCUGGGAAGACUGCAGUGAUGGGGAUGUUUAGUUCUGCCUGAGCAGGUAAUGCCAUUACCAGCCCUGUCUGUACAAUAUGAUCCUUUCAUUUCCAGAAGCUCAGGCUUUAAACAGAUCUAUGUAGCCAAAGGCACAGAGAAAUUCUGGAUAGUGCAGCUGCAUCUUUAAUGCCCACACUCAGAACCACCAUACCAUCCAGGUAAUCUCCACUGCUGUCUGUGCAAUUAUAAAAUAGAAAAUAAACAUACUGGCCAUGGUAGGAAAUGAACCCUCGAGCACCAAAGAAUGACGCCUCAAAUCAAGGCAAACCACUGUCUCCACACCAUAAGGACCAACUAUUGCUUUUGCUCCUAAAGCCACUGCUUAUAGCAAAAGGUGUAAAACCAGUAUAUUGGAUGUCACACUGGAAAA